CUAUCUCUAUCUCUAUUCAGUGUUCAUUGUACAAUGAACAACCCAUAUAUUAUUGCAGCACUUAGUGCAGGCAUUGGUGCAGCUGCAACCUAUAUAUCUACAAAGGCUAUCAAUAAUAAUGAAUCAAAUGGCAACAAUAACAACAAUAACAACAAUACAUACAAGAAGAAUACACAUAUGACAGAUAACAACAAUGAUGACGAUGAUAUCAAACCAAUCGAUACAACAACAACAACACAACAGGUGUCUGGUGACCCAUUCGCCAAGGACAAGACUGACGUCAACUCAAUGCUUCAACAAGAGAUAUUCGAUGAGCAGAUGAAUAGGACAAUGCUCUACUAUGGCGAGGAGGCUUUCAAGAAGAUCCGUGAAUCAUUUGUGAUUGUCGUUGGUCUGGGAGGCGUGGGCGGUGCUGCCGCACAUGUCAUGCUUCGCUCAGGCGUCAAGAAGAUUCGUCUGAUUGACCCAGAUCUCGUGACGAUCAGCUCACUCAACAGGAACGUACUGGCGCAGCGCAAAGACGUCGGACGCUCCAAGGUCGAGACGAUGAAGUCCUACUUCAACGCCAUCUGUCCCGAGGUGGAGGUCGAAGCCAUCCAAUCAUUCUUCACCGAGGACGUGGCUGCCACACUGCUCGGCGGCAACCCAGACUACGUGCUGGACUGCAUCGACAACACCGAGACCAAGGUGCAGCUGUUGACAUUCUGCAAGCAGAACAACCUCAAGGUGAUCAGCUCGUUUGGCGCUGGCUCCUCGUCGGACCCCACCCGCAUCAACAUCUGCGACCUCUCAUUCACAUUUGGCUGUCCAUUCGGCAAGGAGGUGCGUCGUCUACUGCGAAAGAACGGCAUCACCACGGGCAUACUCUGUGUGUGCUCCAGCGAGAAGCACCGAAAGAAGCUGAUCCCGCUCACGGAGCAGGAGAAGGAGCUGCUCAAGACGCAGGUUAAGUCGACACUGCGUAUCAGAACACUGGGUGUGUCGAUGCCCAUCCCUUUCAUCUUUGGCACGACCAUGGGCAACACGUGUCUCAACGAUAUAGUCGGCCUGCCCACGGUGCAGGAGGAGGAGCGCCAGGCGCCACCACCCAUGUCCGAGUACAACAAGAUGCUCAAGCAGCUGAUCAAGCGCGAGCAGGUGCAUCACAAUACAUCGCCCAUAUUGAUCAAGAAGAUGAUCGACUCGACCAAUCUGCGCUUCACCGUCGAGCAAGUAUUCCAAUGUCGUUCAUGCAUCACCGAUGGCGAUGCCAGUGCCAACAAAGCAUUGCUCACAGUUGUUCGCUGGCGACCAGAUCUUCCACUGUCUCUCAGCAACCUUGUCGUGAUGACCAAUCGCGAGGCAGACCUUCACGACAAGUACAAAUCCCUUCCAGAGCACUAUAGCAAGGAGGUGAUCGAUAGAGUGGACGGCAUCCUAUCUUCAAUGAAUGAUGCCGAACCAUCAGAGGAUGCCAACAUG